AUGAACAAGUUUGUUCUUAUGAAUAUAAAUCUCUAGAGUUCUGCCUUGAAAGGAAUUCGUUUUUCUGUCCAGAUCCCAACUUGCUUAGACGUAAAUGUAUUUCUGAAAGUCAAGUGUGUGACAUGAUUGAGGAUUGUCCUGAUGGAAGGGAUGAGUCAGACUGUGAUGAUUGUAUUCUGACUCAGUGCUCACCAAAUGUUUGUAUUCCUGACCAUUGGACGCUGAAUUGUUCCACUAUUAACUAUUUAAUAGUGAAUGAAACUAGUAAUGAUGAAAAUGUGAUAAACAUAAAUGUUUCUGAGCCUAAAGUUAAUUUAUUAGAGUUCAUAACUUUGUGUACCAAGACUUCGCAUGAGAAUAACACGUGCAUUGAACAAAGUCAACACAAUAAUUUUUGGACACCAACAUGUAUUUAUAUGAGGGAUAGACACGGUAACACUAUCGGUUGUUCUGAUUUAUCUCAUUUGUCUAACUGUACAACGUUUAUAUGUCCCAAAAAUUUUUUCAAGUGCCGGAAUUCUUAUUGUAUUCCUAAUAUAUUUAUGCUUGAUAGGGUCUUAGAUUGUCCUCUGGGGGAAGACGAAGUCAGACAGAACUAUUAUAGUGGAUCGGAUUUUUCUUGCUAUAACAGUGAUAAAGAAAUUAAUCCCAUUUAUAUUUGUGACGGCAAGCCCAAUUGCCCUCGAGGUGAUGACGAACUGAACUGUAUAAACCCAAUAUGUCCAUCUGGUUUUAUUUGUCUGGACGGGACGGUCACUGUAAACAAUACGAACAUUUUGUUAAACAUGUCUUCAUUUUCCCCAAACACAACAUUUUUGAACAUUUCUGGUAUUGAUGUGUCGCGGUCAGGUAAUAUCAUGAACAUUCUUAUAUUAAAAAGGCUUCUUGUUUUGGUAGCGUCAAGAUGUCAUAUUAAUGACAAAACUCAAACUAAUGCUAAAAACAGUUUCGUUUAUUAUUUAGACAUUAGUUAUAAUGACCUUUCCAAGUUUACCUACACUGAUUUUAUUUUACAAUUUUCCAAUCUUCGUUUUCUAAACGUCUCAUAUAAUGACAAUCUUAGUCACAUUCCUAAAUUGUAUUUCCCACGAUUAGUACAUCUUGUUUCAGUGGAUCUUUCAUUUACGAAAAUUACCCGAAUAAGUUUAAAUUUUAAUGAGAAAUUACGAUUUAUAAAUUUUUCAGUAACAAACUUAGAUACUGUGGUUUUCUCGAAUGUUGCCGAGUAUGAAGUGAUUGACUUGAGAAAAACUCGUAUUUCUGACACAAUUAAAGAAAAUUUUUUUAACAACUUCACAGUAAAAGGUAAAGUUUUAGCAGACUACAAACUUUGUUGUUCAUAUUUCAGAGGAGAAAAACUUCUAGCACAUCAAUGUGAAGCAGAAGAAGAAACUUUAUCAAGCUGUAAAGAUCUAAUUGGAGAUUCUUUAAAACGAGUCUUGCUCUGGAUUGUUGCGAUUUGCGCAAUUUUCGGAAAUAUGAUUGCAUUGGGUUACCGUAUUUUAUUUGAACGAGCAACACUUCAUCUGCCAUAUGUAUUAUUUGUAACAUGUCUUGGUGUUUCUGAUCUUCUGAUGGGUAUUUACCUUGUCAUUAUUGCCUCUGUAGAUGUAGUUUAUAGAGAUGUUUAUAUUGUUAUAAACUUGAUUCGUAACAAUAUUGUACAUGAAAUGUCUUGGAAACAAAGUACAUUGUGUCAGAUAGCCGGAACUUUGGCCACACUGUCCAGUGAAACGUCCACUUUUUUCAUUCUGCUCAUAACACUUGAAAGAUUUCUGACCAUCAGAUUUCCUUUUGGUGAGCACAAAAUCUCAAACAUGGGUAAAUAUAUUUUAAUUUCUUUAGCUUGGGGUUUGGGAUUUAUCUUGUCAGUGAUUCCCACAAUGUAUGACGAAAAGUCUGUAUAUUCCACUAAUGGAAUGUGUCUCGGAUUUCCUUUAAGAAAGUCCAGUGGUACUGCCUGGAUAUAUUCAGUGACCGUUUUUCUUUUCUUUAACUCUAUUUUAUUCGUUGUUAUCGCCAAUGGUCAGUUUUUAAUUUUCAUAACAAUAUCUCAGCAUAGUUCUAAGUUUAAAACUGAAAAUCAAGCGUCAGCUAGACGAGCAGAUAACAUUACAGUGGCUCUCAAACUGUCAGUAGUAGUGCUGUCAAAUUUCAUCUGUUGGUUCCCUGUUUGUAUCAUGGGAAUAAGAACAGUGGUCAGUGAUUUUGAGGUCAGUCGAGAGGCUUACUCCUGGAUUAUUACUUUAGUUCUUCCUUUCAACUCAGCCCUAAAUCCAGUUUUGUAUACUUUACCACGUAUUUCUAAAUCUUGGACAGACUUUAAAUAUAGAAACUGCAAUUCAACCAUACUUCUAACAGCAUCAGAAGUCACUCCACAAAUGUCAGCCAAAAAGAAGAAAGAUCCUUCAUGA